GAAGUCUGAUAUGGGAGCUAUGCAAACCGGAAAAAGCGACAUUGGAAAUUCGAAACUGGUGAUUAAUGAUUUAAGCACUGACGCUCAAACUUGGUUGGAGGACCCGUUUUGGUGCGGCUUCGUCCUUGCGGAAGUAGGGUUGUUUAGGGUUCCUACAAUUUCGAUUGUUGUUCACCGUAAUCCAUUUUGUUCAUUCAACACCCAAGGUUCGCCAUGGUCGGCUGCAUGACAUUUGAGCUGUUCUGACCUCAACACAGAAGCCUACCGGUCAAGCACACGCGGGUUCGUCCCUCCUUCCGAGUCUUCUCUGUUCGGGAUAUGUUUUUCUUGUCUGCCGACGAACUGGGAAUAUAAAUCGAUGGGAAUGAAGCACCUUAAUGCACAACUUAGUUGUGAACAAAUGAACAACUCUUCAGUUCCUCCAGGAUUUGUGUCACGUACAUCCUUCACACUGAGGAGGUUGGAUAAUAGUGAAGAAAGUUGUAGUUCUAUGGCCUUUGUGAAUGGAUUUGAAUCAUCUCAAGUAGAUGCUACACAUAUAGUUGACAUUGGAGCAUUUAAAACAUCACUUAGGCAUAGGCCAUGGAUAGUCUACAAUCGCUACAACGACAACCAAGAAGAGUCUGACUCGAAGCCACUUGAUAUGACUCUUCCAUCGAAAACUUACCUUCCCAAAGUGCCGACUCGUGGAUGUUCAGAGUGUCGUAAUUGUCAGAAGAUCACUGCAAGUUGGCAUCCAGGAGAUGCAUGCAUGCCUGUCCUUGAAGAGGCUCCUGUAUUUUACCCAACUGAAGAGGAGUUUAGCGACACAUUUAAGUAUAUUGCAAGCAUUCGUCAGACAGCAGAGCUGUAUGGAAUUUGUCGAAUUGUUCCACCUGCUUCAUGGAAACCAUCAUGCCUUACUAAGGAAGAGGAAGGAUGGAAAAGCUCUAGAUUUUCCACUCAAAUUCAAAGGGUUCAUGAACUUCAGCAUCAGUAUUCAAAGGGAAGGAUAUCUAGACUUUGUGAAGGUAAAGGAAUGAAAAGAAGAAGAAGUUGGAAAAUGGAUUUGGAGUAUCAAUUUGUUGAUGGAUGUACUGCAACUGAUGAAGCUGGACUUCAGGAAAUGAAGGGCCUUAAAUUUGAAUCUGGGCCAGACUUCACUCUGGAAACUUUCAAGAAAUAUGCUGAUGAUUUCAAGGGGCAGUAUUUUUGCAAGAAAGGUGAGGUUAUGGAUUUAAAUGUGAGCUCAUCCAUGUUUGAGAAGCAGUGGGAACCAUCUGUGGAGAACAUUGAGGGUGAAUAUUGGCGAAUUGUGGAGAAUCCAAGUGAAGAAAUUGAGGUGCUUUGUGCUUCUGAUUUGAAAACCAAAGCUUUUAGAAGUAGAUUUCCUGUAGCAUCCAGUUCAGUGAGGCCACCUGAGCAUGUUGACCAUCUGGAUUCUGGCUGGAACUUAAAAAAUAUCUCUAAGUGGCCUGGUUCUCUACUAUCUUUUGAAAACUGUGACGCUUCUGGUGUUUUGCUACCUGAAUUGCGCAUGGGAAUGUGUUUUUCAUCACUUUGUUGGAAAGUUGAAGAGCACCACUUAUAUUCACUGUGUUAUUUGCAUGUGGGUGCUCCUAAAAUAUGGUAUGGCAUCCCUGGAAGAUAUUCCUUUAAGUUUGAGGCGGCUCAAAAGAAGCACUUUGCUGGCUUGUUUGAAGAACAGCCCAAGUUACUUAAUGAGCUGGUCACACAGCUCUCGCCCUCCACAUUAAAUUCUGAGGGUAUACCUGUCAGUCGUUGCAUUCAACAUCCGAGGGAGUUUGUUCUUAUCCUUCCAGCAGCAUAUCAUACAGGGUUUGAUUGUGGUUUUAACUGUUCUGAGGUUGCUAAUUUUGCACCUUUCGACUGGUUGCCCCAUGGACAGAAUGUUGUUGAACUCUAUCGUGAACAGGGUAGGAGGACAUCAAUCUCCCAUGAUAAGCUGCUGCUGGGGGCAGCCAUGGAAGCUGUAAGAGCACAAUGGGAAAUUUCCCUGAGAAAGAAGAACACCUUAGAAAAUCUUAGAUGGAAAGAUGCCUGUGGGAAGGAUGGGAUCCUAGCAAAAGCACUCCGGGCACGCGUUAAGUGGGAAUGCAUGAGGAGGGAGUAUCUCUGCACAUCUUUGCAGUCCAAGAAGAUGGACAGAGAUUUUGAUGCUGUCUGUAAAAGGGAAUGCUGUAUAUGUCUUUAUGACUUACACCUGUCAGCAGCUGGUUGUCCAUGUUCGCCAGACAGAUAUUCAUGUUUGAAUCACGCAAAGCAACUCUGUUCUUGUGCUUGGAGUGCAAAAAUUUUUCUCUUCCGUUAUGAAAUCAAUGAAUUAAGAGUUCUUGUUGAUGCUCUGGAGGGGAAACUUAGUGCUGUCUACAGAUGGGCUAAGGACAAUCUUGGACUGGCUUUGCUUUCGCAUGCAUCCAAAUAUUGUGCACGUGCACCUGGGGUUCAUGUUCCAUCUCUCUCGGAAGAACCAAAGCAAAUAGAGCAUCGAUCCUCAGAAAUAUCAGUCAGUAAGGGUUCUACGAUAAAGCUGAAUCCUGAAGUGCAGGCAAAAUUACCCUAUUCAACAUCAUCCUCAAAUGAUCUGAAGGACAGAGAGAAUAAAAUAGCAUCGUUUACAUCCAACUCAAGUUGUACUGCUGAUUAUACUUUACAGAAAGACAUGACAUCAUUUGAUCCAAGAGGUACUGCAGAUAAUUUUUCUUCUUUAUUGAAAGAUAAGCCAUCUACAGUCUCAUUUGAAAAUACAGUUGGGUCAGAGCUCAGUUCCAAGAUCAGUGUGCAGUGUCCAGUUAGUCGUGACAAAGCAUAUGAAUUUCAUAAACUCUCAGAAGGUUUUCCUAUCAAGCGUAAUAUUGUUGAAUACUCUAAUGCAAGUUUUAAAGCGGCUCCUUUGAGCGGUUCAGCUUCUUCUGAGAAACAGGCAGCAAAGGAAUCUUUAUGUAGUUCUCCAAAUAAUGUUAUUAUUCUCAGCGAUGAUGAGGGUGAGCAGCCAUGUGGAUAAAUCUAUUUGAGUGUACAGUACUGGGAAUGCGGCAGCCUGUAUACACUUGCAUAUAGACUAUGAUACAGUCGAUAAAGCUUUGUAAACCAAGAUCAUGAUUCUGAAUGGAAUAGGAUGGAAAUAGAAAAUAAUGAACAACAUGAAAGAGAUGGAUGACAUUUGAUUCUAUCUUCAAUUUGAUUUUAUUUUCAUUUUCAUUCCAUUCUUAAGUACUGAAACAUAUUACACUGUUGUAUUGUUUGCAAAGGGUUAUCUACUUCAAAUGACACUCGGGAUUGUUUUUUGAAAA